CGAAUAGAUUCUCCAAGUUUAACAAUAAUAACAACAACAGUAAUAAUAAUAAUAAUAACGGCAACAACAACAAUAGGUUUAAGAUCAUUUAAACCUAUGUACUGAAUGAGGAGUAGAAGAUGUUGUGUUUCUAAUUAGCAGUGGAGAAAAGUAGUAUGGGUGCUUAGAAGGUAUUGUGAUGAAGUGUUAGGUUUUCACUAUAAGCUAGAGUACCUUGCCAGAUGAAGAUAGAUUUUUUCUAGUUUAAGCUCAGAUUUGUUCACAUAUUUGGUUUCCUAACUAUUAUGUAUGUUUCCAUAUUUUUAAGUGCCAUAUUUUAGGUUUGGAAGAAAAAGACGGAAACGAAGAAACCAUUUGCAGUGACAUCUCCUCUCUUGAAGAAGGGCUUUCAAGAAUGAUGCCUUGAAGGUGUUUGUGAGUAUGUCUGAGAGGCAAUCUUCUCAUACUACCUCUAUUUUCUAAUCUUUUUCGUUAGUUUCAUACGUCUUUAUUAUAACUUCAAAGUAAUAUGUUGAUGGCUUAGGAGAAGAUCAUAAAUAAUAACCUAUGCUUUAUUAGGUGUUUGAUCUAUGUGUUUAACUUUGAUUCAACCGUUGAACUUUCUCUCGUGGGUUGCAGCGCAAGGGAAGGUAAUAAAUGAAAAUGAUAAAUGUUUAAAAUGAAGACAAUGCAUAGCAGUUACUGGAGAAUUUAGUUCAAGAUUAUCCUCUACUCAUCGUCACUUUGCAGCUCCUUAGAUUUGCCACUUAAAAAUGUCCAUGUGAUUGGAUUCGAAUCCUUGCUCUCACCUCAUCUUCUCCAAGAUUAUGUGGCGCUGGUAUCGUUAUCUCAAGGUUAAGAUUUAGGAAUCAUCUUUGUGUUUUAUAUAUUGCUUUUUACGCCCAAACUUAUCUUGAAAUUGCCUAUCCCGUUUUUUCUUCAAAUUUAUUUAUUUUAGAGAUAAUCCUUCAUCUAUUUGCUUCUAAUUAGGUUCGCACCAACUAUUUUCUCAUUCAUACUUGAGUUUAGUUAGGUUUGCACCAACUUUUUUUAUUAUACUGAUAACACACUGUCUCACUGCUUAACUUUCAUUUAAUUUUUAUUUUUAUGACGCUGAAGUAGGUGAAAGCUGAUGAGAGUGGUGUUUUAAUUUGGUCUCCUAUUCGUGCGAUAAAUGUUUCUCUUUGCUCUUACUGAAUUACUCUCCUUAGAAUGUGUGGGAGACUUCUUUUAUAUACAUUUUUGUUUAUACAUUAAUGCAGGUGCAGAACAAGGUUUCAAUUUAAAGGUUUACUUAGCUCUAGAAAAUCUUUGGAGGGGACAUGAGGCUAUGUCCCUCACCCCCAAGUCGUUUUAUGUGCUAAUCCCCCAAAGUUCUCUUAGGAUUUGUCUAAAAUGUUUUUUUAGCGUGUAUUUUCAUUAAUUAUGCAGUGAUUUAUGCUUGUUUUAUGCCAUUUUUUUUCAUAUCAGGUCGAUCAAAAGAUUGGUAAGAGGCAUCUAUUCAGAAGAGGCUCUGAUUUUGCUUUGUUAUUCCUGUGAUUUUGGUUCAAAAUGUGCUCCUUUCAUGAGUAUUUAUAGCUAUAUUUGUCUUUUUUUUGCUUUGCGUCAUUGCAGGUCAUGCUUAUUAGUGUUCUUGUUUCAGAAAAUUCUAAACACAUAAAAAAUUUCUCUUGGUUGCCGAUUGUGAAGUAAAUGAUUUACCUAGUCUUUUCUUAUUUCCUGUUUUAUCAUAGUCAGGUGUUUAUUUGUGUUAGACAUAACACAUUCAUCUCUUAUUAAGCACCUAUUUUUAAACCGACACAAUCAUGGGUUAAUCCAUUCUUUUAAAUGCAAAUAGAUCGCUUUUGCACUAUUCUCUCAAUGAAUAAUAGACCGCCUCCUGAUAUUUCCCUUUUUUCAAGGUUUUGCAUGCUUUGUUCUCUUAUUUAUGUAUGUCCAAGUAUAAAUUUGCAAUUUAAGUAUAGUUUUCAAAAAACACAGUGGCUUUUAAUUGAUAUAAAAGCUUUAAUUGAUAUAAAAGCAUGUCUGAAAGAUCCUCUUGGUUUUCCUGAUCAUUGGGAUGCUAACGUUGUUUAUCCUUGUAGUUGGUCCUUGGUCACAUGUUAUCCAGAUGGUUUAGUUAUUGGACUGUGAGUCAUUAAUAGUUUUCAAUAUUUUUAUUAUGUGAAAAAACCCAGAUUGUCUCUGCAAUUUGUCGACAUGUUUGGAUUUUCUUGGAAGAAAUCAAAUUUGAUAAAACAUCCAGUUUGACCUUUUUAAAAUUCCCCCCCUAAAUUUGUUGUCAUUCCAAAUUUUCUAUUUUUAUCUUUCCCUUAAUAUUUGUUCAUGUGCAGGUGCUCCAUUUGAAAUGUCCCAAUGCUCAAUUGCCCUAUAUUUGAAUUUAAAUGAUUUAGGCAUUGAAUUAUUGGAGAAUAUACUCCUUGUAUAAUUCCGUAUUUAAAUUUUUCACAAGUGAUUAUCUUGUUCAACUCAUGUUGCUUGUUAGUGAAGUGUUUAAAUGCGGUAUACCGAUGUUGGUGAAGUUCCAUGAUGUGCAACGAAACAAAAAAAAAACUGUGAAAGGCCGGGCGGGGCCUGUGAUCUAAACUUGAUAAAAGCCGGUAACAAAAUAGAAGCAAGAUGAUACCCUUUCUAUGCAUGUCAAGUUGUCAACUAAUAUCAUACGGAGCUUAUUAAGUCCUAGAAAAUUUCUAUGAAUAUUUGGAUUGUAAAUGAAUCAUACGGAGUAUGUAGUUUUGUAUCAUGUAGCUAGGAGUUUACAUUAUAUUAUUGGCAUCAACUCUUUGAAUAUCUUGUAUAACAAUUUGAGUAAUAAAUAAAAUUGAUGGUCUUGAUUACUUGUU